UUUUAGCAUGAGUCGAGGAGUGAUGACGCAGUGUUAGACGGGUCGGGAGGGAAGAAACACGUCUGUGCAAGGUGCUCCCAGUGGCGGUGCAGCAGGAGCAGAUAACAGUCAUGCGCUGGUUCAUGGUGGCAUUGGUGGGAGCGGUGUAUGUGGUGGCAGUCGGAGCGCGACCGUCAAAGAAGCUUCCAACGACACAAGAUGCAGUGCAAGUAUCAGAUAGCCCAGCCAGUGGUGGGUCGUCUGUGUCGUCGUACCUCACACUGGAAAAGAGAAAUGCCCCGGAAACGUUAUUACCCACUACUACCCUCGUCUCUGCACACUUGGUGACACCCGAACACACCACAGAGCCCCAGGCAGAUCCAGAACCUCAGCUAACACCAGAACCCCAGCCCGAAUCUGAAUCCUCUUCGUCAGAACCCUCCCUGACUGUCCUACUCGAAGUAUCUCCGACUGAAGAUGUAGUGAUGGACAAGCCUCCCGUUGAAAAUUCGGUCGAAGAUGCUGAGGAAGAAACCAUUCCUCACGAACCGUCUCCGAGAGACGGAAGCUCUCCAGCACCGAACGACUUCCCGACUCACGAUGACUCUUCCGAGGAACACGAGUCUCAGAGAAAGAACGAGAACUACUCGCGUGUCGAAGAGCGUGAAGCUGAACAUCAUGCAGACCCUGAAGUUGAACGUCACGAAGAACACAGAGAUGAAUAUCAUUCAGAACCUGAAGUCGAACAUCACGAGGAGCCUGAAGUUGAAGACGUAGAAUCUGAACAUCAUGCGGAAGCAAACCUUGAAGACCAUGCAGAGCCUGAAGCUGAACACCAUGCAGAACCUGAAGCUGAACACCAUGAAGGGCCUGAAGCUGAACACCAUGCAGAGCCUGAAGCUGAACACCAUACAGAACCUGAAGCUGAACACCAUGCAGAGCCUGAAGCUGAACACCAUGCAGACCCUGAAGCUGAACACCAUGCAGAGCCUGAAGCUGAACACCAUGCAGAGCCUGAAGCUGAACACCAUGCAGAGCCUGAAGCUGAACACCAUGCAGAGCCUGAAGCUGAACACCAUACAGAACCUGAAGCUGAACACCAUGCAGAGCCUGAAGCUGAACACCAUGCAGAGCCUGAAGCUGAACACCAUGCAGAGCCUGAAGCUGAUCAUGCAGAGCCUGAAGCUGAACACCAUGCAGAAACUGAAAUUGAACAUCAUGCAGAACCUGAAGCUGAACAUCAUGCAGAACCUGAAGCUGAACAUCAUGCAGAACCUGAAGCUGAACAUCAUGCAGAAACUGAAAUUGAACAUCAUGCAGAACCUGAAGCUGAACAUCAUGCAGAAACUGAAGCUGAACAUCAUGCAGAACCUGAAGCUGAACAUCAUGCAGAAACUGAAGCUGAACAUCAUGCAGAACCUGAAGUUGAACAUCAUGCAGAAACUGAAGCUCAACAUCAUGCAGAACCUGAAGUUGAACAUCAUGCAGAAACUGAAAUUGAACAUCAUGCAGAAACUGAAAUUGAACACAAUGUAGAACCUGAAGUUGAACAUCAUGCAGAAACUGAAGCUCAACAUCAUGCAGAACCUGAAGUUGAACAUCAUGCAGAAACUGAAAUUGAACACAAUGUAGAACCUGAAGUUGAACAUCAUGCAGAACCUGAAGUUGAACAUCACGCAGAAACUGAAAUUGAACACAAUGUAGAACCUGAAGUUGAACAUCAUGCAGAAACUGAAAUUGAACACCAUGCAGAACCUGAAGCUGAACACCAUGCAGAACUUGAAAAUGAAAAUCAUACAGAACCUGAAAUUGAACAUCAUGCAGAACCUGAAGCUGAACAUAAAGUAGAGCCUGCCGAAGAACUUUAUUCAAAGCCUGAAGUUGAACAUGUAGAACCUGAAGCUGAACAUCAUGCAGAACCUGAAACUGAGCAUCAUGCAAAAUCUGAAGCUGAACAUCAUUCAGAGACUGAAGCUGAACAUCAUGCAGAAUCUGAAGUUGAACAUCAUGCAGAAUCUGAAGCUGAACAUCAUUCAGAGACUGAAGCUGAACAUCAUGCAGAGCCUGAAGCUGAAUAUCAUGCAGAAUCUGAAGUUGAACAUCAUGCAGAACUUGUAAAUGAAAAUCAUGCAGAACCUGAAGCUGAAUAUUAUUCAAAAUCUGAAGCUGAACAUCAUACAGAACCUGAAGUUGAACAUGAAGAACUUAAAGUGGAAAAUCAUGAAGAACCUGAAAAUGAAAAUCAUGCAGAACCUGAAGUUGAACAUCAUACAGGACCUGAAGUCGAACAUCAUACAGAACCUGAAGUCGAACAUCAUACAGAACCUGAAGUCGAACAUCAUACAGAACCUGAAGUUGAACAUAUACAGAACUGA